GGUCUACUAAUGGUGGCAACGGAACAGACCAAGUGAAUAUUUACUGUGAGAACCUUGCGUACAGAUUUUUGCGCUUGUUGGUGUGGUGGAAAUCGUGGUGCCUUGACCGUUAACGUCUGAUCGGGAGCUGCUCAAAGUCCCAAUGGCGCUCACGCCGGAAGAACUACGCCAGCGCAUCCCAAACUGGUCGCUUGAAUCGGACGGAAAUCUUUUGCAAUAUAUGAUUUCGAUAGCGAAGAAUCUCGAGGAGAAAUGCACCAAAACUCGGGACAAUCUGAACAGUCUGAUGCUACAAGUGGACCAAACGGAAUUGAAGCUCUCGAACGCGACAAAUCAGUUCUCCGCCGUCGAACAGGUUAAGUUUGUUGAAAACCGUGUCGAGGAGGACGAUGAAAGCUUCUACGGCCUUCGGCGACGCCGGCAACAGCAGCAGCAUCUGCAACAACAGGCGGACGAAGGGAAGGAAAGUUCAAACCGCGGCCAGGAUCCGGAGCGGUCCUUCGACGAUCUUAUACAGCUGGCGGUCGAACGCUCGAUCGAAGGGAUGUACAAAUCGUACGAAAAAGUUACACUAGAGCUGACGGACAGUGACACGAGCGACGACGAGGACACAUCCGAGGGCGGUACGCGAAUGACCGAGGCGGAUCUGAGUGGAGGAAAGACUUCUAUUAUGCGAGCGGUUCCACGCCAUCCGUUCAUCGAUCGUCCACUGCCGCACGUGAUCGGCUCGAGGGAAUGGCAAAACAAGUGGCAUGUCGGGUUGAUCGAUUCUGACGAUGAAUCAAGCUCCGAACGGAAGGAAGAGUACUCGGAGUCGUCCAGCCAAUCGGACGACGACGACGACGGUGGAAUGUUCCCGUCCCAGCCAAAUAGCAAAAACCACACACCAUCGGAAUCGGAAAGCUCGAUCUGGGGGACAGAUGCGGUGGCACGAAAGCGGGCACCCUCGAUGGAUCCAAGCAUUACCGGUGACGAUGGAUCAUCGGUAUAUUCGUAUGCUAGCUCGUCCAAGCCCCGGGCGCUUCCAAAUAGUCUCCCGGUUCGAGGGGUGCUACCAAUUGGAGUGAGUUUGAAACAACCGAGUCUGUUCCCUGAGGAACCCCCGGAGCCAGUUGCAGAUGAUGUGAAGAAAAGAAGUGACAAAGGACUAUUCGACGAAUCACCGGACGAAGAGGAAGAAGUGGAACCAGCACCAAUGCCUACACCGCGACAAACCGUACCCCAUUCCAAUGCUACCGUACCAUUCUUCAAAGGAACUGUUAAUCAACCGGCCCGUAAAAUGGUGAAUCUGUUCGAUGAUCAACCACCCUCGCCCCAGCAGCAGCGUGGUCCACUCAUGCCCGGGCCAAAAAAACCGAUCAAUCUCUUUAUCGAAAGCGACGACGAGGAAGAAAGAAAAGAAAACACACGAAAUAAUAACAAUGUGCCGGAUGAGGCGGUCGAACGAAACGUGAGACACUCCGGUCAACCAGUGACGAAUCCCCGCACGAUGACCAAAUUAGUCGACGAGUUGAACAACAACUUCCGCAAGCAAUCGGGUCCGGCGGUCCGGGCACGAAACCCGGAGCAGCGCUCUAGCGUUGGGUCACAUUUGUUCGACGCUGAGCCACCGGUUGAUGAUUUCGAUCCACUUUUUAACGCCGCAAAAUCACCGACGUCACAAAGCGCCUUACCGCAACCUGCCUUCCGUACAGUGGUGGAGAAGAAGACAGUCAAUCUGUUUGCGGAUGACGAUGACGAUGAUGACGACGGUAUAGUGGUGGGAAGCAAUGAAAAGCAACCCGUAUCCCGAAGCCCUUUCAUCAGUCCUAUUCGGAUCACACCAUCGAAGCAACCGGAGCGCAAGAAGAAAUCUAUCUUCGACGAGUCUGACUCGGACGUGGAAAAUGAUAAUGUCGGGCUGGUUGUGGAUGUGCAACGCAACGAAAAAUUGCCUUCUGAAAACAUUGCUGCCAAAGCAUUGCCGCAACUACCAAAGGUCACCACCAAAUCCAUUUUUAGCGAUAGCUCCGAAGCGGAGGAGGACGAUGAGGAUGCAUUGUUUGGCCACUCGUCCAACGUUGUGAAGAGCAAACUGGAUGCACUGAAAAGGAAUGGAGCGAACAGUGUUCCCACGGUUGCUGCGGUUGCUCCUGUUUCUCAGCAAAGACCAACGAAAAACCCACCGGAUGAGAAGAAAAUGGCAAAAAAAUCGCUUUUCGAUGAUGAAUCUGAGGACGAUAAUGGUGAAGAUUCGCUUUUCAGCAGUAAACCAUUGGUCGCCGCUAGAAUUUCGUCUACGACAGUGUCAACCCCACAGAAGACGACGCAGGGCAAAGUGUCAUUAUUUGACGAUCUAUCAUUCGCCGAAGAAGAUCGUCUUCCGGUUGAUCCCAAUCGAUCAUCCGCAUCCAUAGCACAGGGUACAUCCUCGAAAAUGUCCACCAAUAAGGAACUUUUUGAACCUGGUAUCAAAACGGAAGCCCCAGAGGUAAAUACUAACAGCACCGAAAGCUUCGCUGUGAAACCAUCCAAUUUAGAACCGGCCCAUAGUCAUGCCGAAGUUAUAAGUGUACGGAAACCGGUCGAAGUGGACCCGCUGAAUGAAGUUGUGAGUGAAACGAUGGUACCAAAAGUAUCCGAGCCUCCGGUGGGUGGCAGUAUUAGAAGUAUAAUUCUGAAGAAAUCCAUCUUCAACUCGGAUUCGGAAAGUGAGGAGGAUGACUCCAUUUUUGGGCCUUCGGGGAUUUCUAUUGGCACUGAAAGAGCAAGUGAAAACGUUUUCGAUGGUCUAAAUACGAAAGUUGAAUCUGAAAAAUGUGAUACCGACGGGGCUCAACUUGAUCGGGGCCCCCGAGAAAUUGAUGAACGCUCAGACGUAGACAAGUUAAACAGCAAGGAAGUAGAAAUCGAAUCAAUUCCUCAGCCGGCCCCUCCAAAUGGGAUCGACUCUGGGAAAGGAGAGCAAGAAAAAACCCUUCCUGACAACUUGCUUGACGAUGAUUCGACAUCAACAGCGAACAAACCCGAUAUUAUAGAUCCUGAUGUUUGGGAUUCUCAGAAAAGUCCAUCGCCAGCGGAAGUCGUUCCAAAAGAAACAGUAAACCUUGUGCCAGCGGAUGCUAAUAAGUCAAUAUUUGAUGAUUCAUCGUCAGAAAGCGAAUCUGACCCUGUUCUAAAUAUGUUUGCUAAGAAAAUCAAAAAUACCACGGUCUCCUUGGAUCAGGAUGUGGAAAGUGAGACGAACAGUUCAGAAAGUGCUCCCGCUGACUAUGAUGCAGCAGAAAAUGAGAAAAAGAUUGAUCAAUCUGUGCAAUCAGAAGAUUUGAAAAAAGGUUUUGCGCCGGAAGAAUCUUUGGAAGACUCCCAAACGAACGAACAAGCACUUUAUGGAGCAAAGGACGAUCGUUCAUCGAAACAAGAUUUGCCUUCAAAUUCAUUUGCCGAUGAAACUACGAUACCGGUUGACUGUGAGACUGCUCCACCAGAGGACGAACCUUCUACGAAACAGUCGCCCCUCGGGAUGAUAGCGAAUGAUAUCGAUUACUUCCUUCGUACGAAUGAACCUGUCCAAUCGGAGACCGAGCCAUCCCGUCCCGUCACACCUCCAGCGGUGAAGUCUGAACCAAAAAGUGCCUUGAAUUUCAGCCCGAUCGGGCUUUUCGACGAUGUGCCACCACCGGAUGACGAGGGGGACGACCUAUACGACCCCAACGACCACGUCGUGCAUCAGAAACACUUUCAGCCCGGGUCAACUUUGUCGCACGCGGACGAUAUUCCGACGGAGUCGCAAUCGCUGAACUUCAUUCCGAACGGCGGCUCGGGAAGUGGCAAUGGGGCGCGAACGCGAUACCUAUUCGACGAUGAACCUCCACCGGACGAGGCAGAUAACGGGGCUAGCUCAGGAUUUGAGGUUGACCGUUUUCCGUUCAAGGGUACGGCGGGCAAAGUUUCGCUCUUUGAAAACCGCCCACCGAUGCCGGACGAACCGGUAUCGCUUCCACCAAUGACGCAGAACGUGGACAAAGCUCAAGCGCGACCAAAGGUAAACAAGUUGAAUGCAAAGAUUGCUAUUAAUGUUGCAGCCCUGUUGCCGGGCGCUCGUCGUCCUGCUCCUGCAACAACAGUACCAUCAACAACAGGAUCCGUUGAUUCCCCCGACAUAGCUGUUAGCCAAGAAUCGCGACCGGAAGUCACUGCCAGCAACGCCGGAACAAAUGGUGGAAAAUUAACCGGACUAAAUAAGGGUCGUGCACGAAUACCUACCAAACGUAAACCUCCGUCGCGGCAAACGCUUCGUGCCGCUGCCGUCCCACCAACAGACAGAGACCAUCGGAAAGAAUCCGAUCCAGCUGAGACUGAUGAUCGGAUCGUUGUUGGUUCGGAGCAAAAGAUGCUACAUAUCGAGGCCGGUGAACAAACAAUGCCGGGAACCAUUCCACCAGAAAUUACGGAGCAAUUGCAACGCGAUGCCGCAAAGCUGGAUCCACUCGUCGAUCGAUUGAGUGCAAGUGUACGCAAACCCUCGGCGACGGUUAGUCGGGUAACGAUUCGCCCGGAUGGCCAUGAAGCCGUGGUUCCGAUACGACCCGCUCAACCUAAAGUAACGUCAAUUUUCGGAGAUAGCAGCGACAGUGAAAACGACGAUGAUAAAACGGACAGUUUCUUCAGCAAGCUUUCAUCUGGGCAUGGGGCAGCGGGGCCAAUCUGCAAAACUGCCAACGCAGGCUCACGACCACUGGCACUGGGAUCAGGGACGCGAGCAGCCACUGGCCCCAGCAUUUUCGGUAGCGACGAUGAAGAUGAUGACGAUGACGGAGCGGACGACUUGUUUGGGAGUAAAAAGUCGACUAUCGCGAAGCAUCUGAAAGCGUCGAAGGCAGGGGAUUUAAGCGGCAAACCCGACGCGGCAAAGGCACCGGCGGCCAAGACGACUACGAGUCUUUUCGGUGAUGAUGAUAGCGAUAACGAUGACACGGAUGAUCUUUUCGGUGGCAAAACAAAAAGCCUACCAAAAGCCCCAGGAGGAGGCAACGCAACGGGCAGACCAAUAACAUCGAUAACAACGAAAACGGCCACAACUACACGCGCGGUUAGUGAUCCGCUGGCGGAUCUACUGGAUUCUUGAGCAUGAUGAUACCACCUCGAACAUUCGAUCAUCGACUUCAUUUUACCAGGAGUAGGCAAUUCUGGGGGUGGUUGAAAAAAAAUGGUCGAAUGCUACAUGAGCGUAGUAUGAUAACCGAGACAAAAAAGGAAUGUUACAAUGAGUUGCGAACAGUAACCAUACUCGAUCGAACAAAACUUUAUGCAGAUCACGCCGGCCCUUAGAAAAAAACCUACUAACAGAACAAACCGCCGAAACAAAAAAAGGAAUGAGUUUAGAUAAGAAAUUAUGAUUCUCAACGCCCCACGCAACAGGUAGAGUUGGAUUUGUUACUGUUGUAAUUGUUACAGCUUCUUUGGCUCCUAUUGUUAUCUAGUCAUUUAAAAACAGAAAAAUCCUUUAUGGCGGUAUUGCUUUUACGCCCUGUCUCAGAUGUAUCUAGCUCUUUUGUUAUUUUCCGUAUUCCGCGUUCCAGCAUCUUCCCCGGAAGUAGUUAAACUAUGUCAGGCUAACUAUUCGUCAAGACCGCUCAGCGGCUGUAGCGCCACAUAAGAAGAAGAAAAGUUAAACUAUGUUUAUACACUGUCCGUUACUAUGUUUAUGAUUUAUCGAACAACAUUCCUUUUUUACAUUUAUGUUACAUGUUAGACAAUUAUUUAUCAUUAUGCGUGAAGGUGCUUCCGAUUGGCCGAUAUAGGUGAGAAUGGAUAUUAGUAGGGAGAAAAGGGGAUACGAAAUUGAUACGAACAAUUAUUGGAUGAUUUACUUCUGAUCCGUGAAAUUAUUUUUUUCUCAUAAAAUUUCCCUGUGCUUUAAUUUCAAAGUAUGUUUCUUUGAUAAGAAUGAAAUUAAAUCAGCUGCAAGAAAAAACAACCAAAAUUGAUUAUUUAAAGCACGCCAAGGCAAAUACGAAAUCAGAA